CAAAGCCAACAUUAAAAUUUUGGCAAUGGCAACCAAAAAGACUAAAGGAAAGCAAAAAGUUGAGAUGAAGAUAAUUGAAAAAGAAAAAGCCAGGUUGAUCACUUUCUCAAAACGUAAAUCUGGUAUCUAUAAAAAAGCAAGUGAACUUGUGACUCUUACUGGGGUUGAAGUAGGAGUAGUGGUGUUUUCACCAACUGGAAAAGCUUUCUCCUUUGGUCACCCAUCCAUUGAAGUUGUGACAAACCGCUUCAUGGGUGGGCAGCCACCAAAAGGUGACCCAACUCACCUUCAGCUUGAGGCUCGCCAUAAUGAGAGAAUUGAUAAAUUGAAUCAGGAUUACAACAACUUCCUCAACCAACUUGAGGCCGAGGAGGAGCGAGGGAAGUUGUUGAAGGAAAUGAGGAAUGGAAUGGAAACUCAAGGAUGGUGGGAUACUCCAAUUGAUCAACUUAACAUGAAGGAGCUCCACCAAAUACAUGCCACUUUGGAUGAGUUAGAGAAAAGUUUGUUAAAUGAAAUAUGUAUCAAGACCGGUGGUGAUCUCGGUGCCUCUUCUUCAUUUAUGGCUCCUCCACCGAAUCCAAACCAAACAAUAAACCCUUUUUCGGUGAACAAUACAACUACAACAGAUCCAUCUCAUAGUUUCUUUCCUCAAAAUUAUGGUGGUUUCCUCCCAAAUCAAUUCUAAAUAAUAAUCAUGUUGUGAUAGUGUUAUUUUUGUUGGUUUGUUGUGUUGUGGAUCUUUUUUAGUGUUUUUAUCUUAUGUAUUUUUAAGUCAAGACCUAAUAAAUUAAUCGACGAGUUCCUACUUUCAACUUAGAUUUUUGGUGAUUCAUAUGUCGUAUGAAGUAUUCAAUAAAGUGAUUUAUUAA